AUGCUGGGUGAUAAAUCCCAACCUACUCGGUAUGAGUUGUUGAGCAUGGUGAGAAAACACUCUCACUUGCUAGGGAAAACCAUAAGUGAUGAGGAUGAUGUCUCGGAUGUGGAAAUGGAUUCACGAUUCUGGCACGACAUCAUUGAUUUGUAUUUUGGUCGCGGUAGGGAGUCUAGGGGGCGUCAGGAUGAUGAUCUCGUAUUCUUCGUUAGUAAAAAAGGUUCACAUGUACAUGGAUCUACCGACAUUGUGGAAACCAACUCUCCUUACUUUGUACGCAGGUGGGCUCCAAAGUUGGAUGACUUAGUUGGUGAGAACUCAAUAAACAUAGAUUGGAGACGCUCAUUUUACUUGAAUUUGAUUGCUCAUACCUCCUUCAGUGUUACAGUAGCAAUUUGCAGUCAUCAGGUUCUUCAACAAUAUCAGACUGGAAAAGACAGACCAUUGUCUCCCAUUUACAAGGUUGUGAAGACUGUAUAUGCAUCCCCAAGUCGUAUCAACUUUCAUUUGGAUUCAACGAAGGCAAUAGAAACAACUCCUGCCUAUCCAGAUAUAUGUUUUGCAGUUGAUGACUUUGAUUCCACUUUUGAUGCAGUGGUCUUGAACGAUACAGAUCACUGCUAUUGUGUCCUGCUUAAUGCUCAUGAUGAGGCAGCAUUUCCCAGUGAACUAGCAGAACAAGUUUCUAGUUCUGACACUUCCUUGAAGACUGAUAAAAGCCCCAGAAAGAUGAACUCCAAGAUCACACUUUUCUCUGGCUUUGUUAACUACCAAAUGGUUCGAGAAGCAUUUGACGAGUACUUGUUUCUUCAUCUGUUCCUGGGUCUACUGGUACUAUUGCCAACAUGCCAUGAAAUUGGUGUUCCCGUGCACUUUAGACUAGAAAAUUGUUUUGCUAGAGUUACUUUCGUGGUUAUUACUCCUAAUGGAUGUGAGAUUGAUUGUUUGCCUGGAUCUUUGCUUUGCUCAAGUCAUUAA